CAUAUUCAUGCUAAAAAUGGCUGCCACUGCAUAUUUAGCCCCAUUAAUUCCUUGAGUAAGACCAUGCACUAGCGCUAAAAAUGGAGAGAAACAUGCUUCUUUGGGUGGUGAUGCUCAUGUUGCUUAAUAAUGCAGACUGUGGAAAGCCAGUGUUGCAUAAAGUUGGUGGAGGAAAGUAUACGUGGAGGCCUAAUACCAAUUUCACUGAAUGGGCAACGCAUCAACAAUUCUAUGUUGGAGACUGGCUUUAUUUCGGAUUCAAUAAGAGCGUGUAUAAUGUUCUGGAGGUGAACAAGACAAGCUACGACAAGUGCGUGGACAAAGAUUUCAUAACCAAUAUAACGAGAGGGGGGCGAGAUGUGUUUAAUCUGACAAACGCCAAGCCAUACUAUUUUCUUAGCGGCCGUGGCUACUGUGCUAAGGGCAUGAAACUUGCAGUCAAUGUUCAGUUUGCUCCACCUGAUCCAGUACCGCUUCCUUCACUCCGAAAUGGGGCUUCAAACACUCAUCCCAUUUUCCUUCUAUACGGGGCAACCCUUCUCUACCUGUACUCUCUAUAUCAUAGUUGGUAAUGGUUUUCAGUUUGUAACUUUGACAGCUGAUAUGCCAAACUUCUCUCUACUUGCAUUAAUAUUUAUCUAAUUUACCUAAUUUACUUAUGAUUCAAAGCACAUGGAUACACAA